UACGUUUAUAGGUAUUUCCCAAAUUUGUUCUUAUCAUUAGUGCUUUGCUACUUGCGAAUCCAACAGAUCUAGAAGCCUGAUUCAUAUUGUCUGUUUGUGCCACCCCUUUAAGUUCCUGAACUCUACCUGUUCUUCUUUGGCAUGAAAAGCUAGAAUUUACAACUCAAUAACGGUGUUGUAUUUGAUUUCAAGUUGACAUGGGAGGUUUUGUGCUAGAGUUGUUGAUUAUGAUGCAAGCAGCAUAUUUAAUGAUGUUUUAACAAAAUAGUUUGUUGCUUGGACAUAGUUUGUUGCUUGGACUGAUUGCCGAAUAUGCAAGCAACAUAUCUCAGGAUGUAUGUAAGUAGCAUACUUCACGAUCUUUAAAUUUGUUGAUUGCUUUUCGUUUAAGUUUAUUAAUUGAUUUCAGAAUGGUUCCCUAACUUCUCUUUGAUUUUCAGAAGCUGUUCCAUAGCCAUGCUUGGCAAGACAUCCUGAGCCAUUUACGGUCUGUGUUAGUCUUCAAAUUCCCUUACUUUCCUUUGAUUUUCAGAAGCUGUUCUGUAGCCAUGUCUGAAUAAGGUUUUUGACGUUAUUUCACAUCCUCACUAAGGUAUGUCGAUCUGUUAUAUAUAUAAAAGGAGUUCUUUAGUAAGUGUUUUAUUUGCUUAGGUAUUUUCCCCAAAUUUCUCUCUAUAUAAUAAAACAUAAAACUUACUCUCAAUUUUUUUUGUGUUUAUUAGUAUUUUAAAUUUCUGAGUUUUCAAUUCUGAAAAAAGAAAGAGGGCCAAUUGCAAAACAAAAAAGUAUGUUUUAUACCAUGAUGUAUAUUUUAUAGAAUGAAGUUAGACCCCACUUCAUUCACUCUAUAAACAUUAAUCAUCGUCAACUAUAACCCAAAAAGCACCGUGUGCUUUUCUCUUAUCUAAACUUGCUAUGUUUUUUUCUACCAUAUAAUUUAGUAGUUUUUUGUGUUUCAUAUAAAUGGAUAAAAAAGUUUAGGGUACAUUAGAUUACAUUUCAAGUAUGACCAGCCCUGAUCUUUGUUCUUAUGUGUUCUUAUGUGUUCUUUGUUUGUUAUUUUGUUUUUGGGAGUAAGUGGAGAGUGGUAGUAGGAUGAACAAAAUAAUUGUAUGCUAAAUUGCUAAGCAUGAAAAGAUAAGAAAGGUUUUUAUUUCUACUUGGUUUUAGUUGAAAAGUAUACACAAUAAUUGUAAUUGGGACAUCCAUUUCCUAUGAUCUAUAUAUAUCUAAUGAACAAUGAAAAUAAAAAAUUAUCAUAAUUUGGACACUUCAAGUAUUACUCACUUGGACACAAGUAUAAAGCUUCUUGAAUGCUAAGUACGAUUUUCUACUCAAAAGAUCCUACAUUUUGUUCAGAUAGAUUUUUUUCUAAAGAUACCAAAGUAUCACAAACUGGGUACUUCAUUUAUUAUGAUCUAUUUGAUGAAAAAAUCAAGAAUUAAUUUAUUAAAAGAGUGUUUACCUGAUAAUUACCAUCCUCGAACCUUAGACUCUAUUAGCAGCCUCUAGGAAAAAUCAGAGCUCAAGGAAAAAUCAGAGCUCAAUGUGUCAAACUACUCAAUAACAAUAACGUACCAUUAAUACCAACUUUCUUAUAGUCUUAGGGGUUAAUAUGCAUGUAGUCUUACCCAUGUUAGAACAACAUGGUUAUUUUCAUUAGACCCUAGACAAAUUAUUGCAUUUACUACCCUAUACGUCACAGUAACUAACAAACAAGGGAAAUUUAAUUUUCCAUUUGGUUUCAGUACAUAAUGUGUAGAUCUAAACCCUAAAGCGUUGAGUGUUUGUCGAUGAUGGGGUACAAACAUGUAGUACAUCAGUGGGCAGUGAAUAGGAUAGAGGUAAUUUAUAUGGCUGCUUGCAAAAAGCUCUAUGAUAUGCAAGCCAUGAUUGAUAUGCUCCUGCCAUACAAAGGGAGUGGAACAAAAUCAGAUAAAGGUAAGGACAAUGGUGAAGGAGAUUCCCAUCCGGGGACAACAAGGGAUAUGGAAUUUUAUCUUGAUGGUGUUUCUCACAUAUUUCAAGAUAGUUACACUUAAUCCUAUUAUCUAAUACAAUUACAUAUCAAUGUCGUUAUAUAAUAUUAAGAACAUGUGUGCGUGUUUGUAUAGACACCCGAGUGUUUGAUGCCUCUAACUUCAGUGUUACUCAUAUUAAUCUGUCUUCAUUGCAUUCUUGAAUCUGUAAGUCAUUUCUUUCAUAUCAGUUUUGAGUAAUAAAAAUAUCAAAUUUGU